GUUGUUGCAGAAUAAUCAGUUAUCUGGUCCAGUUCCUGCUGAGAUUGGGAAGCUCUCUGAACUGCUGACCCUUGACCUAUCUGGUAAUCAGUUUGAUGGAGAAAUUCCUAGGGCGUUGGGUCGCCUGUUCCGUUUAAGUUACUUGAGGCUUAGCAGGAACAGAUUAUCUGGACAAAUUCCUAAACCUGUGGCAUCCCUUUCAGGUCUUUCAUUCUUGGACUUAUCGUUCAAUAAUCUUAGUGGUCCUACUCCAAAAAUUUUGGCUAAAGAUUACAGUAUUGCAGGAAACAGCUUUCUUUGCUCUGCAAUGCCCACACAAAUUUGUGGGGGCGUGCCAAAACCAGCAAAUGAAAUGAGUUCAGACAGGAAGAUUAGCAAUCAUCAUCGGUGGGUUGUUUCUGUUAUCAUUGGGGUCAGUUGCACAUUCAUAGUUACUGUCAUGCUGCUUGUUUGUUGGGUGCAUUGGUACAGGUCUCGUGUCCUCACAGGAUAUGUGCAACACGAUUGUGAAUUCGCCAUUGGCCACCUGAAGAGGUUUUCAUUCCGUGAAUUGCAAAUUGCCACUGGAAAUUUCAGCUCUAAAAACAUAUUAGGACAAGGUGGAUUUGGAGUAGUCUACAAGGGAUACCUUCCCAAUAGGACAAUAGUGGCUGUCAAAAGAUUGAGAGAUCCAAAUUUCACUGGGGAAGUGCAGUUCCAAACAGAAGUUGAGAUGAUAGGCUUGGCUGUGCAUCGGAACCUUCUACGUUUGUAUGGAUUCUCAAUGACUGCAGAGGAAAGAUUACUUAUUUACCCUUAUAUGCCAAAUGGGAGUGUUGCUGAUUGCUUGAGAGAUAAUGGUCGGGAUACACCAUUUUUGGAUUGGAGCAAGCGCAUGCAUAUAGCCCUUGGAGCUGCCAGAGGGCUUCUGUAUUUGCAUGAACAGUGUAAUCCUAAAAUAAUUCACAGGGAUGUUAAGGCGGCUAAUAUUCUUCUUGAUGAAAGCUUUGAAGCUGUUGUUGGUGAUUUUGGUCUCGCGAAGCUUUUAGACUGUAGAGAUUCGCAUGUCACAACAGCAGUUCGUGGUACUAUAGGUCAUAUAGCCCCAGAGUAUCUAUCAACUGGCCAAUCAUCUGAGAAGACAGAUGUCUUUGGAUAUGGAAUACUACUUUUGGAACUCAUUACAGGGCUCAAGUCAUUAGAUGCAGGAAAUGGUCAAGGUCAGAAAGGACCUAUUCUUGACCGGGUCCGGAACUUAUUUGAGGAAAAGAAAGUGGAAAUGCUUGUGGAUAGGGAUCUAAAAGGAUGUUUUAAUACAGAGGAGCUAGAGAAAACAGUUGAAGUGGCUCUACAGUGCACUCAAUCUAACCCCAAUAAUCGGCCUAAGAUGUCAGAGGUUUUGAGAAUCCUGGAAGACAUUACGGGACAAAUGGGGCAUGUGGACGAAUCACAAGUUGGAAGCAACAUAUGCGAAACAAGAGCUUUCAGCUUCUCUAGGAAUUUUAGCGAUAUCCAUGAAGAAUCCUCAUUUACCAUUGAACCAAUUGAGCUUUCAGGACCCAGAUAACAAAAGUAGCCAGCACUUGCCUCAUCAUUUCAAGCGUGCGAUCUUGAUAUAUCUAGUUCAGCCAUACAAUUGCCUCCAUUGUUGUUUCAAGUCUAUCUCCUAGUAGUUUGUAAGUUACUGUAAUUUGUAAAAUCAUUACUAGUUCUUGAUAGUUCAUAACCUUUGUGUUAGAAUUAACUAGACUAACCUCACUUUAUAACUUCAUUAUUUGAAAAAGACUAACUCAGUAUGCCAUACUAGUUCUACUGUCUGUUUGUUGAACAGGUCAAUGCAUUUCAGAAGCUUGAUUAUAGUGACAUGUUCAGUUCCUGUCAA